UGCGCACGGUGAGCAUCAGCUCCUCUGACGCACCAUCGGAGAUGAGCAUCCCAGUCCCACAGGCUGUCAGACUUUGGACCUCCAGCAUCAGCAUCACUGCGCGUGCUCCUCUCCAUCCCGGUGUCUGAGCAGGAAUGACCGCGUCUGCGGGGAUUUACCUCGGAGGUGACAGUCAGUGACUCCUGUCUUCACCUGUGUGGAUCAUACCGGGACUCUACGGGACGUCUAUAACCGGGCUCGCUCGAAUGACGUGACGCCGGACUCUUUUCCUCUCAUCGAUCUUGGAUUAUUCUUACAGAGUCUCAGUUUUGGGCUGCAGUUUCCGCUCUGCGGGGCUGCUGCGGUGCUUUUUUUUUAUUUUUUGUGGGGCACUGUUUUGCUGUACGAACGGGAGACUCGACCCGGAAUCGCGAUGCCCACACACUGAGGGGUAGCGGCGGGUUCUGAUCUGGUCACCUUGCACGGCAGCAUGGCCCGAGCCCGCAGGGUGUGCGGCGGCGGCUGUGGGAUGCUGCUGCUCCUCGGUGUUCUGCUGGUCCCUCCUGCCCUGGCCAAAGUGUGCAACGACCGAACCAAACAUGGACAGGACAACAGCUGGUUCUCCAGGGACGGGGAGAAUUUGCCCAUCAUGGUCCUCAUGCCCAUGAACGAGUCGGCCCUGAUGAGCAGCAUCAGCCAGGGAAUCGAACCGGCGGUCCAGCUCGCCAUUCAGCACAUACGCGAGUCCAGGAAGUACUCGUUCUCGCUCAUCACCAAAAUCUACGACACCGAGUGUGACAACGCCAAAGGCCUGAGAGCCUUCUUCGACGCAAUAUGCUACGGCCCCAAACACCUGAUGAUCUUUGGUGGCGUCUGCCCAUCUGUGACAUCCAUCAUUGCCGAGUCCCUAGAGGGCUGGAAUCUGGUGCAGCUGUCCUUUGCAGCAACAACCCCAGUGCUGGCAGACAAGAAGAAAUACCCCAACUUCUUCCGCACCGUCCCGUCCGACAAUGCAGUCAACCCUGCUGUGGUGAAGUUCCUGAACUACUACAACUGGAGUCGCGUCGGGACGCUCACGCAGGACGUCCAGAGGUUCUCUGAGGUGCGGAACGACCUAACCAGUGAGCUGGAGAAGGCAGAUAUUCAGAUCGCUGAUACGGAGAGUUUCUCCAAUGACCCUUGUGUUAAUGUGAAGAAACUAAAGGACAAUGAUGUGCGAAUCAUCAUCGGGCAAUUUGAUGAGAACCUGGCAGCCAAAGUCUUCUGUUGUGCGUAUAACCUGAACAUGUUUGGCAGUAAAUAUCAGUGGAUCAUACCCGGCUGGUACCAGGGCAACUGGUGGGAACAGGCCAACUCCACCAACUGCACCACCAAGAAGCUUCUCACAGCCAUGGAGGGAUACAUCAGCGUGGACUUUGAGCCGCUCAGCGCUCGACAGAUCAAGGGCAUUUCAGGCCGGACCCCGAGGGAGUACGAGAGGGAGUACAGCAGAGAGCUUCAGCAGAAAGGUGUCGAGCCGAGCAAGUUUCACGGCUUUGCCUACGAUGGGAUCUGGGUCAUCGCUAAAACACUGACCCGGGUAAUGGAUCUAUUACGGAUCAAGCAACGGCAAAACACCUACCACAACUUCACAGUGGACGACCGAGAAGUGGGAAAAAUGGUCCUGGACGUGAUGAAUGAGACCAACUUCAACGGCGUAACGGGCCAAGUCAUGUUUCGGAAUGGUGAGAGGAUGGGAACGAUCAAAUUCAACCAAUUUCAAGAGGGCCGGGAGGUGAAGGUGGGAGAGUACAACGCCAUCGCAGAUGUGCUAGACCUCAUCAAUAACUCCAUCAGGUUUCAAGGCGUGGAACCCCCCAAAGAUCGCACGUUUGUGCGCCUGCAGCGUCGGCACAUCAACGUCCCCCUGUACAGCAUCCUGUCCACCAUCACCAUACUGGGCAUGCUGAUGGCCGGGGCCUUCCUCUUCUUCAACAUUAAGAACCGAAAUCACAGGCUGAUCAAGAUGUCCAGUCCCUACAUGAACAACCUGAUCAUCCUCGGAGGCAUGCUGUCCUACGCCUCCAUCUUCCUGUUCGGCCUGGACGGAGGCUUCGUCUCUGACAAAGAGUUUGAGACGCUCUGCACUGUUCGGACGUGGAUCCUCAUCGUCGGUUACACCACAGCUUUUGGUGCCAUGUUCGCCAAGACCUGGAGGGUGCACGCCAUCUUUAAGAACGUCAAGAUGAAGAAGAAAAUCAUAAAGGACCAGAAGCUGUUGAUCAUUGUUGGUGGCAUGCUGCUCAUCGACUUGUGCAUCCUGAUAUGCUGGCAAAUCGUGGACCCUCUAAAACGGACUGUAGAAGAAUACAGCCUGGAGGCCGACCCUCAGGGGCGCGACAUUGCCAUCCGUCCCUUCCUGGAGCACUGUGAAAACACCCACAUGACUAUUUGGCUGGGCAUCGUCUACGCCUACAAGGGGCUGCUCAUGCUUUUCGGCUGCUUCCUGGCAUGGGAGACCAGGAACGUGAGCAUCCCAGCUCUCAACGACAGCAAGUACAUCGGCAUGAGCGUGUACAACGUCGGAAUCAUGUGCAUCAUCGGCGCAGCAGUGUCGUUCCUGACCAGAGAUCAGCCCAACGUGCAGUUCUGCAUCGUAGCACUGGUCAUCAUCUUCUGCAGCACCAUCACCCUCUGCCUGGUUUUCGUUCCAAAGUUCAUCACCAUGAGAACCAAUCCUGAUGCAGCCACUCAGAACCGGAGGUUAAAGUUCACCCAGAACCAGAAGAAGGAGGACUCCAAGACCUCCACCUCCGUGACCAGUGUCAACCAGGCCAACACCUCACGGCUGGAUGGGCUUCAAACCGACAACCACAGGCUGCGCAUGAGGAUAACAGAGCUGGACAAGGAGCUGGAGGAAGUGACCAUGCAGCUGCAGGACACUCCGGAGAAGACGCCCUACAUCAAGCAGAACAACUACCCCGACGCCAACAACAUCCUCAGUAUUCGCAACUUCACGGACGGCAGAGAUGGAGACAAGUCAAUCCUGAAGAACCACCUGGAACAGAAGCCUCAGGGACAGUGGGGCUCUAUGGAUCCCUCCAGGAUAAACAGAGGUCCCCUGGAGGACAUCAACUCACCUGAACACAUACAGCGCCGACUCUCCCUACAGCUGCCCAUCCUGCAUCACGCCUAUCUACCUUCCAUAGGGGGGGUGGACGCCAGCUGCACCAGCCCAAACGGCAGCCCGGGCUCCAGUCCGCGCCACAGACACAUGCCCCCCUCCUACCGGGUCAUGGUCUCUGGCCUGUGAGCUCAGUCCAAUCUGGCGCCUGGAGACUUCUUUUUUUUAACCACAACAGAUAGACUGAUGUCAUCAGCGUGUUUGUGUAUUUUGUCUCAGAACAAGGAGGAAAAGGGGCCACGUCACUCUACCCGUCACCUCAAGCUAAAGUGGGGGAGGGGUGCUACCGAGUGGGCUCUCUUGUGAUCCCCAACGAGAUCUUCUUGUUCGUCGUCGACUCAACGGACACACGCACACACACACCCACACACACACCCACACACACACACACACAACAUGAGCGUGUCGUCAGUAAACGUGGACCGGCCUGGACUUGGUCUGUCUUACCUGUGGCCUCAUCUGCUUCAGAGAGGAUCGUCUGCCUCUGGUUCUGACCCGCUCUUCAUCCCAUUCCAACGUCGCACAUUUCAGGUGGAAUCCACCGAAAACUGGGGGUUCAUUCACCUUAAAUCUGUGCAAGUCUGUGAAACCUGUAAAUAUCGUCAUUUUCAGAAUUUGAUGUGUCGUCAGCUUCUUCCCCGACACCUGCACGCUGUGAACCGAGUCGGGAACGUCACACGCCGCGUGAGGACAGGAAGACAGGAACAGCGAACAGAAACAAUACUAGAGGAUAAAGUUAUGCAUUUCAACGCAGAGAUAAACAACCGCACCUAUACAGGGAUCAAUAAAGAUUUCACCAUCGACAGCGAGGCAGCUAGAGGAGGACGCUGUGAGCAACGGCCGGGUUUAUCUUCACCACCUGCUUUCUCUGUUAGCAUGUGACACCGCGAUUCUCACGGAGCUAGCAGCUAGCGUUCCACCUACAUGUUCCUCACCACGGCAAGCCUGGAAGAGCAUCCUGGUACUUGGAAGGAAUGAUCACAUUGAUCCCGACUCAAUCCACGGAAUACACAGGCAGGAGCCACAGGGAUGGUGCGCUGGACAGACUGACCUGACGGAGCCAGGCUCCCCGAGACCACGACCAAUAAAGCACACACUCUUCCUCACAGCGGUGAUGAUGGAGUGUCACAGACUGACUUCACACUACAGUUGCUAUGGAAAUGUGCUAAACCCAGGCUGCACUGAGCUUAACAGUCAUGUCCUUAUUUUUGUCAUUUUAUUUUUUUACAACCUGUCGGAGUAAAGCUGAGACACAAAGGUGUUUAUCCUCAGCGUCUGUUUCACCAUCGGUGUCUUGGUUUUUAGUUUUUGAGGCGUCGGUGGAGCGCCGUACCUGUUGUCUUAUACUGUAGCCUGCCAGACUCGCGGCACACACUAGGGGGCGACAGUGGUGCGGUCCAACUACCACACAUCUGUAAAUGGUACGUGUCAUAGAGUUAUUUAAAUCGACGCCUCAACCCGCGGGAGACGGCGUCCUCACUGGGAGAAGCGAAGGGGGCGCUCCACCUGCACACCCGCCCGGCCCGGAAUCGCUCGCCCAGUCGAGCCAGAGACUUUGCGAGAUGGUGGCAUUUCCUCGGAAAGAGGACGAGAAACCAGUCGCACAUUUUAUAUAUGACAUUAUAUGUGAUUGUGUACAUUUUGCUGAUACCCUGACGACGGUGUCUAUGUAUGGAAUAUUUGGUAUUUGGCUUUCUCAAGACGGCAUGAAAUACAAAUGUAGAGUUCACUUUUCUUUCUGUCAUGGCCGACCCACGCUGUUGUCGUCCUUUUGAUUUACGCCAGGAGUUGAUUUUUACCUGCUGAUCCGGUCAAUGCCAAGAGUGUCCGUGGACGCCAUCGUCCUCAUCUUCACGACGAAGAUGCUACUGUUCUAGCACUUAAAUCGCCGAGGGCAAUAACGAGAAGUAGCAACGACUGAUCCUGAAAACAUCGUCUGGAUAAUGACUUUUGUAAAGACGCUCCCAGAUGCCAAAUGCAGACCAUCAGGUAAACCUUUCUGUUGACGUGCCCUGAGUUUCUUUGGUUCCGUAUCCAUCGUUUAUGGGUGAAACUGUUGCGAUGCAAUCGUGGUAGGUCAAGGGCUCAUCAGUUACUGUAACAUCAUUCCACCGGUGUUCCGAACCUCCUCACUUUGUUCGCGUGCUUUCCUGGAGAGCGACGGCUGCAGAGUCUGCGGCCUCGCCGUUUUGUCCGUUGAAUAAAGACAGUAAAAAUGUUUAUGCGACUUGUUCGAGAUGGGCAAUAACUGUUUUCAGAGUAGAGAAUUAUAUAUACAAUAUAUAUAAAAACUAUAUAUAUAUGUAUAUGUCAGAGAUUUUUAAGGAGAUAAUUCACAAUAUAACACCGGGAUGUUCUUUUUUUUAUUUACAGUAUCUGUAACCAUGUUAUGUACAGAUGAGCUAUAGAUAUGAUGAAGUUGUAUAAAAUAAGUAUCACACUUGGAACACCUGAUCUUGUUGGAGCCAUGUGUUGUUUCUCGGGGGGUGGGGUGGGAGG